GAUAGUUUAAAAAUGGCGGACGAGUCGCAGUUUUGACAGAAAUUACUCUUUUAAAACACCUAUUCUGCGACAUAAACACCACAAGAUGAUAAAUCUUACGCAUUUGAUGAUUUGAGACUUCAUCCACAGCAGAGACUACACUAGGCAAGAUGGACCUAUUUCCAGAUUCGAAAGAUGACCGUGGUUCUUUUCGUCUUGGCCUUAAUCGGCGGAUGGAGAUAGAGUUGAAUCAAGAACUUGGAGACGUCAUGAAGAAGACCAUGAGAGAAGUUUCUGCUGCAAAAGAAUUGAAAAGAUUUGAACCUGGCUCAAAAGAGGAGCUUUUAGUCCAUAAAAUGAGACCAGGCUUCACCCCUGAGAGAAGAAAACUCCAGAGAAAAACAGAGCCAUUCUUUCAGGAAAACUUGGAAACUGGAAAAGAGUCGCCUGAUGCCAGACAGAUUGCUGGCGUCCCACUGUAUAACGCCUUGGACAAAGGACCUACAGCCAAACCACCCCCAGGUGGAAAAAAACUGAAGAAGUUUCCGUUUUCUAAAAACAAGCCUAUUACAGUAGAAGAGAUGAGACGACCUAGAGUGACAUCCAUCGGAGUCACCCCAACCAGGGGGAGUUCAAGCAUCGAGGGGUUGAAAGUUGUGAUGGAGGGAAAGCCUGCUGAUGAAAAUAUUGACUACACGCUCUCUGAGAUGGAAAAGGCAAACACUGCCCCGCCUCUCUCCCCACUACAAGAGGUCACCAUAGACACGAGACCUGAUGGGUUUGCGACCCCUGCCAGAUCGAUGGGGAAACCUGCUAUAUUAGGAGAAGCUGGGACUGUUGGGCAAGUCACUUACACAGAAAGACAGAAGUCCAGGCCAAUAUCUAGUCGGACAAGCUCGCAAAAAAGACCAAAAAGUUCAGGACCCCACAGGAGCGGAUUAAGGGAAGCAGACCUGGAGAAGUUGGACAGAGAUCAAGAAAUGGAUGCGGAUCAAAAAAGUGUCUCCACUACCAGUACUGUUAAGUCGGUGAAGGAGUUAGUGGAGGAAGCUAAGGCGUUGUCAAGACCAGAAUCUGAGAAGAUGUUCACUACACAUGCCAAGGUCCAACAGAAACCUAAGAGAAAGAAAGAUGCUUCUCCGGGCCAGAGGAAGGAUAUGAGGAGUGAGAAGUCAAGUCCAAGGAAAUCAAAGACGCCAAAGGGGACCGAGAAAGAUGCAAGUUCCCCUGCGAAGACUGAGACAGCGCUGCCACCAACAAGGGAGUCUGGUAGAUCUGUGGAUGAGAUCAUCGCGUCACUGAAGGUUCAGUCACGGGAAGGAUCGAUGUCAGAAGCUGAUCGGCGUAUCCAGGAAAUCAUGGACCGAGUCAUUUCCCGAACCAGUGCUGUACUUGGAGGUGAUUUAUUUGGUGACAAACCCAAGGCCAUUAGUCAGGAGCCCAUUCCUGAGGAAUCUGAGCCUGGCGACAGUGUGCCGGAUGAGCCGACGGUUGAAGAAGAAGAUGUUGAGGAAGAAGAGAAGCCUGCUAGCCCUGAGAGUGACAUCACUGGACCAAUCAUUGAUGCUGCUGAGGAGGCCCUGGCUGCUUUAGCAAAACAGCAAGAGGAAGCGGCCAGAGCAGAACAAGAGGAGAGAGACAGAUUGGAACAAGAGAGACUGGACCAGGAGAGAGCUGAGAAAGAGAAAGAAGAGGCGUGUUCCCAGGCACAGGAAGACCUGCAGCUCCCUCUAGAAGUCAACUAUGAAGACUUGGUCAGCAUUACUGGGCAGAAGACUGCACUGAAGGAGCGCAGCCCAGAGAAACUCAUGGUAGAAAAAGGUCCGAAACCCCAUGUCGAGAGUGAGUCAGUCUCCUUCCUGUCCAGCUGGGCACCGAAGGAAUAUGCUACAGUAACGCCCCCUGAACCAAUAAAACCUGAUGUGACGAAGAAUAUGCAUCAUUUCUGCACCGUUACGAGUGACUUCCAACUCCCUAAGCCUUUCCAGGGUGUCGUACGGAAAUACCAGACAGCAGCCAAGUAUGAGAUUGCACAUGAGGAGGGCAAGUUGGUGUCCAUGCCGAGUACACCGUACUCCAUGUUCAGACAGGAUAACACAGAGGUGCGUGAGCGCCGCCUGUCUGCAGCUGCAAAGAGGAUCUUGGAUGAGGCAACAGCUGUUGGAUUUUCUGACGAUACAGUUGAACAGUGGAAGGAAAGAGCUGACGCUGUGUUUGAAGAGUCUGAUAUCGUCGUUGAAGGGAAAAAGAUGGCGCUGCUCUCUGACGAAUCGCGUCUCUACUGGCACCCAGCUCCCCCUAUGAUGGACAUCCCUCCUGCCAAGGUCAAGGAGCAUCUCUUUCCCCAAUAUCGUGGAAACGUCAUCGCUGCGCAUGAUUUUGGUGAGACUUUGGAUGAGUCUGAGGAGAGUGAUAUAGAGGAGGAGGAGGCCAGCGUACAGCAGGAAGACCCGGAGGAGUUCUUAGCCAGGGAGAGACUUCUGAACAGACGACAUGGAUCAUGUGAAGACCUGACAUUCCUGAAGAGGGCGCUGGCACAUGUGGUUGAAGAGAGUGACGAUGGCCUCAAGACUGGCAGCAUCACCACACUGAUGACAGCAUCUGACUUCAGUCUCACUGAAAAGUCAGACAAGGGAACAAAGAGGGGAGAUCUUAGUUCCAUUGAUGAAGGGUCUGAGGCAUCUGGACCGGUUGUGACUCUGUCUUUUGCCGAGAUGAGGAAGAAGUUUGCCGAAGCGGCUGUGAUUGCUGAUCAGCCUGAAGAGGAGACACCCUACCUGGGAAUGUCCGAUGAGGAGAUAUUUCCAACGUUUGAUCUUCGGAGGACCAACUCUGCCCCCUGCUUGGCCCUUGAUGAUGACUUCCUGGUGAUCCCCAAAAACUUCAACACUGCUCUGGAGGAGCUGGAGAGACAGCAGGUCAAGGUCAAAGAGUCAAGGUCAAAUGUUGGGGGGACUGGGAGUAAACCUGUGGUCUCAGAGGUCAAAUUGGAGGAGGAGGUUGAUGAUGAAGAUUUGGAGGGGCUGGAGAAGCUUCCAUCUGUGGCAAGUGUAGCGAAAGCAUCCAGUCAGAGUACAUCGCCCUUCCAUAAGAUCAAACUGAGAGCUGAUAUUCCAACGCCAGCAGAACUUGCCCUCGAAGCUGGUAGAGCGUACGUUAUGCUCCCGAAGAAGAAGAAGAAACAGAAGUUUGUUGACAUGUCGAGGAUUGACGAGAUUGAGCGGUUCUUGAACCAAGACGCCAGGAAACUGACGAGGUCUAGUUCAAUGAUUGAUAUGAAGAAACCAGUGGAGAGAUCGCUGAGAGUACCGCCUCAACUACGAGGAAUCAACAAAUGGGGAAGCAACCCAGAUCUAUUGGACUUUGAAGCAUUUUCCAAAAAGAGGCAUCUCAGUGAACAGCAAGCAGACGAUCCUGUUGGGUGUGUGCGAGACAUCUGGAAUGCCUGGUUUGAUGAGCGCUACCCCGAGCCCAAGGAGGAGAGUGAGAGCUCUUACAAUGGUGACGCAGGGCAGACAUAUCAAGAAGGUGUCGAGUCUGACUCAGAUGAGGAAGAGGGUGGACACAAGAAAUAUGUGAUCCCUGAUUCCAACCUGGAGCUACCUGAGACGAUCGAGCCAGUCCUGGAGGUUGAUGAAGGAGAUGAUGCGGUGGAACUCAUCGAGGAGGAGAUCGAGAUACUCACUAAUAUCAUCACCAGCACAAAUAAGGCAAAUGCUUUUGAUUUGUGCAGGAGAGGAGCAUUGUACAGAAAGAUUGGCAAGCUCUGCCUGGCACUGAGUGACUUGAACAGAGCUAUCGAGAUGGAGCCGAUGUUAUUGGAUGCAUACUGGCAUCGCCACCUCUUGUACCUUCUACAAGACAAGAGGAAGUCGGCUCUCGAAGAUCUCAAUUUUCUUCUGAAGCAUAAUAAGAGCCAUGCUGGAGCUUACAGAUCAAGAGCUGAGAUCUACAAGAAGUCCAACGACCUGACCAUGGCCAUCAUCAACUACAGCCAGGCCAUCAAGAUCUAUCCCGACGACCAUGACGCCUAUCUGAAGAGAGCGCAGAUGUACGAACAGAGAGGAGAGAUGUUACUUGCUCUAGAGGAUUACCAGAUGACUACCAAACUGAACCCUACCAUGACUGAUGGCCUCCUCAAACAUGGCCUUUACUAUUUCAAAAAUGAGAGCUGGCAACCAGCUAUCAAUGAUUUCACGGAACUUCUCAAGCAAAACCCUGGUAAUGCUGAAGCACACACGUACCGAGGCCGCUGCUAUACCAAGCUCAGUAUGUGGAAUGCAGCCGUCGAGGAUCUGUCAGCAGCCAUCCAUCUUGACCCUGAUAACAGUAUUGCCUUCUAUUAUCGUGGAUGUAUACUACGUAAGGCUCAUCCAAAACAGGCUCUCCAGGAUUUCAGUGUCUCGCUCCUCAUCGACGACUCAGAGGAUAACAUCCUGGCCUAUUUGCACCGAGGGAUCCUCUACAACGAAAUGGGCCGGCCGGAAGACGCCAUCCCAGACUUUGAAUCUGUACUCAAGUUGAACAAAGACAAUGCUUGUGCUCAUAACAACUUGGGCCUGAUUUAUUAUCAAAUGGAGAACUACCAUACUGCAAUCAAACGUUUCAGCUCUGCGAUCAAAGUUGACCCGACUUACAUCCGAGCAUACGUCUGCCGAGGUGAAGCGUAUUUCAAAAUCCACGAAUUGAAGAGUGCAUUGUUGGACUUCACCCGAGCAAUCCAUUUGAAACCUGAUGUCGUACACUACUACAUGUAUCGAGGCUUCCUCUUGCUGAAGAUGGGUAAUUUAGAUCUUGCCGGAUUCUGUGUCCGCCACGCUGCAGAGCUAGGCAGCACCCAGGCGAAUGCAUUGUCUCAGAAUGCUACACAGCAAGCUAUGGUACAAGCGUUCUUGAAGAACUAUGAUAAAGCUAUCGAGGCAUUCACCAUGGCAACGAAACAGAAACCAAAGGCGCCAUUGUUCAUCCUUCUCGGCAAGAUGCAGAUGAAGGCGAAAGCAUUCAAAGAUGCAGUGGAGAGUUUUGAGAAGGCACUUGAGCUGCUGAAGCCAUGGGGAAACAGCAUCCGUCCACAGUGGCCUAAAGAGGGAGCUCAGGUGCACCACUUGAUUGGCAUGUGUUACUCGGAGCUGAGGAACUAUCUGUCAGCACAUGAUGCAUUCAACAGCUCACUCAAGAUCAAUCCCAAAUAUGCUGAUUCAUACUACCAACGUGGCUUGGUCAAGAUGAAGCUGAAGCAAUCGAAGGGUAUCCAAGACUUCAACAAAGCACUAGCAAUAGACCCUAAGAUCUUCCAGGCCUAUCUGAGUAGGGCGGCGUACUAUGGGAUGAGAGGAAACUACAGCAAGGCCAUCCUGAACUGCAAUGAGGCCAUCAAGUUGCAACCGAACAGUGUGAGGGCUUAUUUAUAUAGAGGGUCCCUGAAGUAUCAUAUCAAGGCGUAUGAGCUAGCUAUCAAGGAUCUGUCUGCCGCUGCUAACAUCGACAACACCUGUGCCCUGGCCUACUUCAACCGGGCUGUGUGCUACCAUGACAUGAAGGAGUACACAAAGGCGUUGAUGGACUAUGGAAUCGUGUUACUUCUUGGUGACUACCUCAAACUGAAGGUCCUCAUCAAUCGUGGUUUACUCUACCUGGAGAGUGGUGACUACAACAAUGCCCUCUAUGAUUUCCUCGCAGCAUCAAGUGUUAACCCGCGAGACAUCAAACUUCACCAUACGCUAGGGCUCUGCUAUCAUAAACUAAACAUGUUGGAAGAAGCCGUCCGUUCGUUCACCAAGGCCCUGGAGUUGGAUCACUUCUUCUUGGAUGCGUACAUCGGCCGUGGCAACGUCUUUAUGGACUUUGGCACCGACAUGGGGCGCAUGUUUGCUGGCUAUGACUAUCAGCGUUGCCUCGUCUUGCAGCCAACAUACCUGUCAGCGAGGGUCAACUUGGCGUACAACUUACAGAUGCAUGGGAAGUUCAUGCAGGCAUGGCACCAGUUUACAAUUGCUAUUGAGCAAGACCCAAGAUUCAAACCAGCCUUGGAAGGCCGUGCUAUCAUCAACCUCCAGAUGGGUAACGUGACUGGAGCAUAUCAAGAUAUCUGCUCAGCCCUCAGGAUAGAGCCGACGGCCGAGUUGUACACCAACCGUGGAGUCAUCAAUCAGUUUAUGGGUGAUCACAUCAACGCCAUGCAGGACUAUAAGCGAGCUGUCGCCUCAGAUCCAAAGUAUGGCCUUGCCUACUACAAUGUAGCUAACUUGUACUUCAAGUUGAGACAGUUCCAGCAAGCGAAGGCCUAUUAUGACAAGGCAUCAUUGCUUAACAAGAUGGAUGAAUCCGCUUACCUCAAUCGGGCCAUUACCAGGGUACUGUUGCAUGACACCAAAGGUGCCCUUGAUGAUUUUGAGAAGGCAGCCAAGUUGAGUCCCAACUCGGCCCAUAUCUACUUCAACAGAGGCAACCUGUAUUCAUCUCUCAAGGAAUGGCAGAAAGCAGAAAAGGACUAUACUAAAGCCCUGUCUCUCCAACCUGAUGACCCAGCUGUCCACAAGAGGAGAGCCGACAUACGUGGGAAGCUAGGCAGGAAGGAUGCGGCAAUCCGAGAUUACAAAAAAGCUAUUGAAAUACAGAGUACAAUAGGAAUUCGGAAAAAAGCUGGACUACCACUCUCUGGGGACAAACACACGCAACCUGUGGCUGUGAGAUAGACAUUUGGUAAAGCAACUCCGUCCUCGGAAAUGCCAAAGGAAGUGGUGGUGAUGAAGACAUUCUCUCGACAAGAACAAAUUGCUUGUAAAGGACUAACCAGUCACUUUGAGAAAAGGUCUUUUAUGUUGAAAUGGAAGGACUUCUCCCGUAAAAAUGGAAUUCGUCCCUUUGAUUGUAAAGUUUCAAUGAACCCCGUGUACUUUCUAUAUGAUCUGUGAUAGACAACUUCAACUUAUACAGUACUGUGAUAAUGGGCCGAAAAGCAGGCCUCAAUUUAUUUUUCUUCUGUGGGUGAUAUAUCCGUCCAAGCUAAUUGUUGACCAUCCAAAGAAGAGAUAAUAUUAUGUUCAUUUACCUUUGCUUACCAUACAUCCAUGUAUGUAUACAGAGCAUGCUAUGUUAUCCUAAUCAACAAGGUCUUCGUAUUUUAAUAUUUUGUUAACAAUAAUUAUCAUUUGUGCAUUUUGUACAGAUUGCUGUUUUUAUUGAUACAAUGUAUUUUGUAUAGAAUUGAGAAUAAACUUUAGA